AUGGAUUCUUUCCACCACCGGAUACGGUGCAUGUUAGCAUUUUUCACGAUUUUACUUGCAAGAACGAGCGAUGCCAUCAUCGAUCUACAGUGGGACGUUGCAAGUGACGACACUCUCGGACGUUCACCCGCUGCUCAGCCGGUAAUAACCAUUAAUGGUAUGUUUCCGGGGCCUCUUAUUAAUGCCACCACCAACGAUAUUGUCAGAGUAAACGUCUUCAACAAUUUAGACGAACCCAUGCUUUUCACUUGGAAUGGGAUACAACAGAGGCUUAAUUCGUGGCAAGAUGGAGUUUCUGGGACUAAUUGCGCGAUUAAACCAGGCACUAACUGGACUUACGCGUUUGUUGUAAAAGACCAGAUCGGCACUUUCACUUACUUCCCUUCUAUUAACUAUCAAAAGCUUGCCGGAGGCUUCGGACCUAUUAGGGUUAACAAUCGUAUCGUCAUCAACGUUCCAUUCCCAAAGCCAGAAGCUGAAUUUGAUCUUCUCAUUGGGGACUGGUCUUUUAACGAUUACAAAGACGUUAGAUCGAGGCUUGGAGCUUCCAUUGACGUUCCCGAUAUGAUGUUGAUGAACGGGAAAUCUCCGUAUGGGUAUUCAAAGUCAAAACCAUAUGAAUCCUUCACUGUUACAAAAGGGAAAACGUAUCGAUUCAGAGUAUCAAACGUCGGAACCAUAUUGAGUUUCAACUUCAGAAUCGGGAAACACAAAAUGGUUGUAGUGGAAACCGAAGGCUCGUACACCAAACAAAUCACAAUGGACUCGAUUGACGUGCAUGUCGGACAGUCGUAUUCGGUUUUGGUUAUAGCAGAUCAAGAUGACUCCGAUUAUUACAUUGUCGCCUCUCCGAAGCUCUUCAACACUACAGACGACAGCCCACUUGUCGCUAAAGGAGUCUUGCAUUACACCAAUUCGGGUUCACUCGUUGGCGGGUCUCUCCCACCCGGUCCUGAUCCAUGGGACAUUAACUUUUCUGUCAACCAAGCAAGAUCAAUCAGAUGGAAUUUGACUGCGGGUGCUGCAAGGCCUAACCCACAAGGAACAUUUAAUGUCUCGAAUGUAACUUUAUCAGAGACAAUCAUCCUUCAUGGAUCAGAAGCCAAUAUAAACGGGGUGUACCGCAAUGUGGUCAACAACGUUUCAUAUCUAAAUCCUGUGACACCUUUGAAACUUGCUGAUUAUUACGUUAAUGGGACUGGAGUGUACCAACUCGGUCAUUUCCCAAUCGACUCUGUGAAAGCAUUCGCAAUGUAUGACGUUUCUGUGGUGGGUGCGACUCACAAAGGGUGGCACGAGAUUGUUUUUCAGAACGAUCUAACCCGAAUGGAUUCCUGGCAUUUAGAUGGAUAUGGUUUUUACGUUGUCGGGUUUGGUGAUGGAGAAUGGACCCCCAAAUCACGAGAUACAUAUAACUUGUAUGAUCCGGUGGUCAGGUCCACUGUCCAGGUUUACCCUGGAGGGUGGACAACGGUGUAUGUCUUCCUAGACAACCCGGGAAUGUGGAACUUGAGAUCACAACACUUGAAACAUUGGUAUUUAGGGCAAGAACUGUAUGUUAGGGUUCAUGAUGAUGAUCCAAACCCUGCAAAAGAAAACCCUCCACCAGAAAACCUCCUUCUAUGUGGAAUGUUCGGUGAGAUAAAAGCACCAGGUGGUGCACCAGAGCCGCAACCGGGAUGGUGA